UGUGUCACUGCGAGGCCGCGGGUGGAGAGCUGCCGGGCGGGACAUCCGGCCCGGGUCCCUCGCCGCGCCAGCCGCCCUCCGCCCGCCGCCCGCUUCAGCGCCGCAGCCCGGGAGCCGGCCACCCCUACACGCGCCAGGGCCGUCCCCUGCCCUCCCCUCCCCAACUCCCUCCGGGCCCAGACCCUCCUCCCGCCCCCAGCCCGAGCCCGCCUCCCAGGCCGCCCUCGGAUCGACCGGGCCCGCGCAGGCCCCCACCCCAGGAGCACCAUGUUCCCCCGCCCGCUGACCCCGCUGGCGGCCCCAAAUGGCGCCGAGCCCCUGGGCCGGGCGCUGAGGCGGGCCCCUCUGGGCAGGGCCCGGGCGGGGCUGGGAGGGCCGCCCCUGCUGCUGCCGUCCAUGCUGAUGUUCGCGGUGAUCGUGGCCUCCAGCGGGCUGCUGCUCAUGAUCGAGAGGGGCAUCCUGGCCGAGAUGAAGCCCCUGCCCCUGCACCCGCCCGGCCGCGAGGGCGCAGCCUGGCGCGGGAAAGCCCCCAAGCCUGGGGGCCUGUCCCUGAGUGCUGGGGACGCGGACUUGCAAGUGCGGCAGGACGUCCGGAACAGGACCCUGCGGGCGGUGUGCGGACAGCCGGGCAUGCCCCGGGACCCCUGGGACUUGCCGGUGGGGCAGCGGCGCACCCUGCUGCGCCACAUCCUCGUAAGUGACCGUUACCGCUUCCUCUACUGCUACGUCCCCAAGGUGGCCUGCUCUAACUGGAAGCGGGUGCUAAAGGUGCUGUCGGGUGUCCUGGACAGCGUGGACGUCCGCCUCAAGAUGGACCACCGCAGUGACCUGGUGUUCCUGGCAGACCUGCGGCCUGAGGAGAUUCGCUACCGCCUGCAGCACUACUUUAAGUUCCUGUUUGUGCGGGACCCCUUGGAACGCCUCCUCUCUGCCUACCGCAACAAGUUUGGCGAGAUCCGGGAGUACCAGCAACGCUACGGGGCUGAGAUAGUGAGGCGGUACAGGGCUGGAGCGGGGCCCAGCCCCGCAGGCGACGAUGUCACAUUCCCCGAGUUCCUGAGAUACCUGGUGGACGAAGACCCUGAGCGCAUGAAUGAGCAUUGGAUGCCCGUGUACCACCUGUGCCAGCCUUGUGCCGUGCACUAUGACUUUGUGGGCUCCUAUGAGAGGCUGGAGGCUGAUGCCAAUCAGGUGCUGGAGUGGGUACGGGCACCACCCCACGUCCAAUUUCCAGCUCGCCAGGCCUGGUACCGGCCAGCCAGUCCCGAAAGCCUGCAUUACCACUUGUGCAGUGCCCCCCGCGCCCUGCUGCACGAUGUGCUGCCUAAGUAUAUCCUGGACUUCUCCCUCUUUGCCUACCCACUGCCUAAUGUCACCAAGGAGGCGUGUCAGCAGUGACCAUAGGGAGUGGGGCCAGCAGCUGGUGGGGACUGGUUUCAACGCCAGUUUCCUGUGCUGCUGCCUGUCAUUCGGAGAAACCCUGGCUCUGGGGCUUGGGGCUUCUCAGGAUGCCUGGAUGGCAGAGACUGCCCUCAGAAGUUCCUUGUCCAGGGUGGGUGCCCACAGUGACUCAGAGGACGGGGCUAGGCAGGAGACUUGCUGCUCCUCAUGGGGGGGGGAGGGUCUCUUGGGGGACAGACACCAGUUUGCCAGUGAAGCAACAUACCUGAUCUAAAGACUGGCUCCAGAUCCCAGGCUGCUGGGAUUACGCAGUCCACUUGGUCUACCUUAAUUGAACCUGUGGCCAAACUCAGAGAUGGUACCAGCCAGGGGCAAGCAUGACCAGAGCCAGGGGACCCUGUGGCUCUGAUCCCCCAUUUAUUCAACCCAUGUGCCUCAGGACUGGAGUGAGUAAUCAUACCUUAUAAAUGACCUUUGUGCCUUUCUGCUCCAGACUCAAAAUUUCCUGCACCUGCCAGUUCUUUCCAUUUUUCCAACGAAAGGAAAACAGAAGCAGGGUCCUUGCCUGGUAGCUCCAGGACCCAGAUCUGCAGGCACCCAAAGACCCGCUGUGCCCAGCCUCUUCCUUGAGUUCUGGGAACCUCCUCCCUAAUUCUCCCUUCCCUUCCCUACAAGGCCUUUGAGGUUGUGACUGUGGCUGGUAUAUCUGGCUGCCAUUUUUCUGAUGCAUUUAUUUAAAAUUUGUACUUUUUGAUAGAACCCUUGUAAGGGCUUUGUUUUCCUAGUAGCUGACUUUUUAAUAAAGCAGUUUUAUAUAUAA